GUUCAGAUUGACAAAUGUUUUACAGACAACAUCUAGACUAGUUUUACAAUCACCUAUUCAACCGGAAGAUGGACACCAGGGCAAACUGAAGGAAGGGAAAGUGAAUCUUACGCUGACAUGCCCUGACAUUCACUCCACUUCUGAGGAAAUGAAAGUGAUCCUUACCACUGCAACAGUAGACUACAAGGCAGCAGUCCUACAGUAUCAGAGCCUCUGACCACUCUGGGAAGUGUGGUGUCCUUUCCUGAACCACUGACCACUCUGGGUGCCAAAUCCAAAAAUGGAGUACAAGAAGAACUGUGACACGCUCUAUGAAAAAGACUCACUGAACGAUGCCAAGCAAACUGUUAGCCCAAACAACCAGGCGCUCAAGGCUGGAGGCCGAUACAGUGACGACUGUUACUCUAACAUCCAGAAAGCUGAAAAUAAUGGAACACAAUAUGCUCUGGAUAAUGAUGACAAGUCAGACCCAGGUUAUAAAGGUCCCACCCAAUGGUGCACGUGGAAAGUGACGGCCGUUGUGUUCAUCGCCCUCACUGCGCUGCUGCUGGUCACCGUCUUUAUCAUAGGAGGGAUCUGGCUCAGAGAGUCUGACGUCCUGGCAGUCUCCCAGAAAACAUCCAUGGAGCGAAACAAACAGAGACAACAAGAGGAGGAGCUGAAGAGAAAAGAGAGAGAACGAGAGAUCAGGGCAGAGGAGGAGAAGAAGAGAUUGGAGAGAGAACAAGAGAUCCGAGUAGAGGAGGAACAGAAGAAGAUGGAUUUAGAGAAGGAAAUACGUCAGGAGGAGGAGGAGAAAAGAGAGGCGCUAGAGAGGUUGUUGGGAGAGAGGGAGAGGAGGCUGGAGGAGGUGAGGGCUCAGUGUAACAGCGGUCAGAUGGUCAGCAGCUGCUCCACUGGACUCUCAGUUCUGCUCUCAGUGCUGCUGGUGAACUACCUGUUGGAUUACUGAACUGUCCUCAGUGCCUGCUUGAUUUCUGACUGUGAUAUUCUCUUGAUAAUUGAAACAGGUCAGUUCCGUACCACAUACAGUACCACCUAGGCUUGAGUCUGGGUCGGGUCAUUUCCCGAUCCCACCCCAUCACUCUCUUUCCCACUUGCUUCCAGUGUCUUCACUAUCCUAUCUGAGAAAAAGGCCAAAAAGCCCCAAAAAAUAUACUUUAAAAAAGCUUGUUAUUGUGUUUUAGAUAGAUAGAUAGAUAGAGAGAUACUUUAUUGAUCCCCAAGGGGAAAUUCAAGGACAAUUUUACGGGCAAACAUGUGUGUCAGUUAAAUUACUGACUUUUUUUUGUAAAUUAUCUAAAUAGAUUAAUGGCUUAUUUGUACAGAUAUGUUGAUCACUGUGGUUACAGUGAAUCUUAUUUGUUAGUAAAAGUCAUUGCACCCAUCGUGUGAACUUGUGAUUCAGUUACAUGAUAAUCCCUUUGUUAUCCAUUUUGUCUACUUUUCCUAACGUUUGUCAUGUGGAUGUGAAUAAUGAGAAUACAUGUGAUGAUUUUGAACACUAAUUUCCAUUCCUGAGUGUCUUUACUUUUGAUUUCUUCACUCUUCAUUUCCAUACUUUUCACCUUCUGCCCCCUACUGGUAAUCAGCAGUCAUGACUGAGCUAAACUCCCUGUAGAGCUGAGAGUGGAGUCAUUGUCUUCUGGCACCAUAUCUAUCAGAUGAUCUGUAUCAGAUUUAAAUAAUGAAUAAAAAUGAAAGUUAAAAAAAUGAAA